AUCGAAAGUGAAAGAUCAAGCUUGAAAUUAAGAGAACACGAGACACAGAAUUAUAUUCUUUCAUGAUAGUACCUUUCCCUUUAGUGCUUCUUAGUUAUUCCCUGGUAUUUAGUUCGUUUUUAAAUCGUUUCAUUCAUGAUAAGAAGAUCUGUUAUCUCUCCCUUCCUGUUAAUCUGUGAUCGAUUAGUUUGGUCUGGAACAUCCGCGCUGCGGAAAACAACACAACUUGGUUAACGUCUGCAUUUUCAGAGGACUUAACACCACAGCCUGCAGGUCAUGGGGUUGACCAAGCAGUACCUGCGCUACGCUGCCAGCGCAGUGUUUGGAGUGAUCGGCAGUCAGAAAGCAAACAUCGCGUAUGUCACCCUCAGAGGAGGAGAGAAGGGGCGCUACGUCGCCGUGGCUGCGUGUGAACAAGUGUUCAUCUGGGACGUCCGGAAAGGAGAGAAGGUCCUGAUCCUGCAGGGGCAGAAACAUGAGGUGACCUACCUGUGCGCCUCACCUGAUGGGAUCCACAUCGCUGUGGGCUACGAGGACGGCGCUGUGAGAAUCUUCAGUUUGAUGAAUGGAGAGAGCAACGUCUCUUUCAACGGACACAAGUCUGCUGUCAGCAUCAUACGAUACGACGCGCUCGGAGCUCGGCUCGUCACCGGGUCCAGGGACACAGAGGUGAUCGUCUGGGACAUAAUCAACGAGUGUGGGCUGUACAGACUCAGAGGACAUAAAGACGUCGUCACGGAGGCUUUGUUCCUCAAAGACAAGAACCUGCUGGUCACCAGCUCCAAGGACAGCUUUGUGAAGUGGUGGGACCUGGACACGCAGCACUGCUUCAAGACCAUGGUGGGCCACCGCAGCGAGGUGUGGGGCAUGCUGCUGUUGAACCGGGAGAGCAGACUGCUAACAGGCUCAGCAGACAGCGAGCUCCGAGCGUGGGACAUCAACUACAUUCAGGAGGAGAAAGCUGAGGGAGAGCCGGAGGUGAAGAAGGUGAAGACUCUGCUGGAGGAUGAUGAUGAGGAUGGAGACAAUGAGGAAGGGGCGGAUGAAAGUCUUGAAGAGCGGAUCUUGAGUUGUAAGAAAGCCGGCUCCAUCCUGAGGGAGGCCAGAGACCGAGUCGUCUCCCUGACGUCAGACGCCAAAGCCAGAGUCAUCGCCUGCCACGGCAAUGACUCGGUCUUGGAGCUCUUCACGGUGCUGUCAGAAGAUGAAGUGCAGAAGAGAAUGUCGAAGAAGGUGAAGAAAGCCAAAAAGAAGGCAGCAAAAGCUCAGGAGGAUGCAGACGAGGAGGCAGCAGAGCCGGUGGUGGAGAGGAUGCUGAAGGACGAGAUCAUCAGACUGACCAACAUCAAGGCAUCCUCAAAGAUCAGGUGGGUGGACUGCCUGUCGUGUGUCGGCGGCGAGCUGAAGGUGGCGCUGCUGCUGCAGAACAACACCAUCGAAACGUACAGCCUGAAACUUUCAGACAAAACCCUCACGCCCAACAAGACGGCUCGCCUCACGCUCGGCGGCCACCGCACGGACGUCCGCACGAUGGCGUUCAGCUCGGACAACCUGGCCGUGCUCUCUGCGUCCGGAGACACCGUCAAAGUUUGGAACAGGUCGACUCUGCAGGUGAUCCGCACCAUGGCCUGUGACUACGCGCUCUGCUCCCUCUUUGUGCCCGGAGACAGACAGAUCAUCCUCGGGACGAAGACCGGGAAGCUGCAGGUCUUUGAGUUGGCCUCAGGAACCCUCCUGGAGACCGUGGAUGCUCACGACGGAGCUCUGUGGUCUCUGUGCCUCGCCCCAGAUCAGAGAGGGAUUGUCACAGGCGGUGCAGAUAAAAGAGUGAAGUUCUGGGAGUUUGAGCUGGUGAAGGACCAAGGGAGCAGCCAGAAGAGGCUGACGGUGAAACACACACGCACUCUGCAGCUGGAGGAAGACGUCCUGUGUGUGAAGUUCUCCCCCGACCACAGACUGCUGGCUGUCUCUCUGUUAGACUGCACCGUGAAGGUCUUCUACACCGACUCCCUGAAGUUCUUCUUGUCUCUGUACGGACACAAGCUGCCUGUGCUGUGUUUAGACAUCUCACACGACAGCACUCUCAUCGCCACGGGCUCCGCUGACAGGAACGUGAAGAUCUGGGGUUUGGACUUUGGCGACUGUCACCGCUCCAUGUUCGCUCAUGACGACAGCGUCAUGUUCCUCCAGUUCGUCCCAAAGACUCAUCUUUUCUUCACGGCGGGGAAAGACAAGAAGAUCAAACAAUGGGACGCCGACAAGUUUGAGCACAUCCAGACUCUAGAGGGUCAUCAUCGGGAGGUCUGGUGUCUGACCAUCAGCCCUAACGGAGACCACAUCGUGUCGUCAUCCCACGACAAAUCUCUGCGUCUGUGGGAGAGGACGAGGGAGCCCAUCAUCCUGGAGGAGGAGCGGGAGAUGGAGCGAGAAGCAGAGUUUGAAGAGAGCAUGGCCAAAGGAGACAUGCCUGUGGUACCCGGAGAGACUGAAGGAGAGGCCGCACCAGCCGGGAAGAAAACUGUGGAAACCGUCAAAGCUGCUGAGCGAAUCAUGGAGGCUCUGGAGAUUUUCAAAGAAGAAGCCAGGAAGAUGGAGGAGCACAAAUACGCCUCUGAGAGAGCGGUCAACAAGCUGCCUCCCCCCAAACCCAACCCUAUCCUUGUCGCCUUUGGAAAUGUGACACCGUCUCGCUACGUGUUAGACGUCAUCAAGAAGGUCAGAUCAAGUGAGCUGGAGGUGUCUCUGCUGGUGUUACCGUUCCCUUACAUCCCCGAGCUGCUGAAGCUCUUCAACAGCUACAUCCAGCAAGGCCUGGAGGUGGAGCUGGUGUGCCGCUGCCUCUUCUUCCUGCUCAGGAUCCACUUCGGUCAGAUCUCCAGUAACCAGAUGAUGCUGUCGGUCAUAGACGACCUUCGGAACAACACGCUCUCAAAAGUGCAAGAGAUCAGAGACGUGAUGGGCUUCAACAGCGCAGCGCUGCAGUUCCUCCAGCGGGAGAUCGAGAGCAAAGAGGACGUGAUGUUCUUCGCCGAGGCCACGGGUCAGCUGAAGGAGAAGAAGAAGAGGAGGAGGAAAAGGGAGCGAGCCGUCCUGACCAUCGCUUGAAUCAUUAACUGACUGAUUACUCACAUCCAUCCUCGAUGGUUUCCAGAGGUGCAGGAGCGUUAACUCCGUUUGUUUUUGUAUGAAGUACUGAUCGGAUGUACCAAAGUGUUCUUCAGUGACAUGCUCCGUUUCCAGAAUAAACUGUGUCUGACUUUUCUCACA